AUGUUUUAUAAAUUUUUAUUAUUAUUAUUAUUAUUAGGUUUAGUUUUUAACAGCGUUCAAACAAAAGAACUAAAAUUUCAAAUUAAAGAAAAUGAAUAUACCAUAUCUAUGGAAAGGAUAAAUAAUAAUUUAGGAUUACCAUUACUAGAUUCAUUUAGACUACAACAAAAUAACCCAUCAGACGAAUCACCAUGGCUUUAUAACUAUAAUGUAGCAUAUUGUCCAUUCGUACCCCCCGAAAUUGUAAAACUUUAUAGCCCAUCUGAUCAAAUAAUAGGUGUUGCUGUUAGAGUUCAAAAUUUAACAAAUGAUCCAUCAAAUAUUUACUCUGUUGGUCCAAGUUCAAUUGUUUAUGCCUAUGGUGUAUGUGAAGGUGGGAAUUUAGAUCAAUGUAGAUUUAAUACAAGUCAUAUGGCAGACCCAGACUAUCUUAUUACAGGACCUGAUAGUGCCUCUUUUCAAUACGUUGGAGCAGAAGAUCCCAGAAUUGUAUUGGUUGGAUCAACUAUUUAUAUGUACUACACUGCAGUAAAUAUGAACGGUACAAAUGCACGUGCACAACUAGCAUUGGCAACAUGUGAUACCACCUCUGUUUUAACCAUCCAAGAUUUCAAAAACUGUUGGGUUUUACACGGACCAAUUAUCGAAAACUCUGUAUUUUGGUCUAAAUCAGCCGGUUUACUUUAUAGACCCGAAAAGGAAACACAGUAUCUAUUUUAUGGGGACACCAAUAUCUUUAUUGCAACCACUACAGAUUUAAUAAACUAUUCAACAUUAAUGAAUCAAUCAACUUCAGAAAGAACAACUUUAUUUACAACUAGAGAUAAUACCUUUUUUGAUUCUGUUUUGGUCGAAUCUGGACCAGAGCCAUUACAGCUAUCGGAUGGUAACUGGUUAUAUCUUUACAAUAGUGGUCAACAAGUGCAAACACCAAAUCAAAAACCAAAUUGGAAUAUACAAUAUAAUUUAGGAUUUGUCAUUUUAAACGGUACCUCUGAAGAUUUUUCAUCCGAAUCAAUUCUAUAUCGUAGUCCAACACCUUUAUUUUCACCAGAAUUAGAUUGGGAAUUAUGUGAUGACACUUCUUUAUUUUGGUCUACGCAUGGAUUAACACCUCUCGUAAUAUUUGUUGAAGGUUGGGUUCCUUUAGGAAAUGAUCAAUUUUUAGUAUUAUAUCAAGGAUGUGACUCUGUAAUGGGAACUGCUUUAAUAACAAUAAAGAUACAAUAA